AUGAUCAAGAUUUUGCGCAACGCAAAGCACUUGGAAAUGGCAGUGAUGGUCGGCAUCGACCCGGCAUCCGACGGUCUGGCCCGAGCGCAACGUAUGGGAGUGCAAGUCACCCAUGAAGGGGUUGAGGGGCUGUCCAAAAUGGACGUUUUCCAACACAUCGAUUUUGUCUUUGAUGCCACCUCGGCUGGCGCGCACGUGAAGAAUGAUGCGUUUCUGCGCGCAGUAAAACCUGGCAUUCGUUUGAUCGACCUGACACCUGCGGCCAUUGGUCCCUACUGCGUGCCGGUGGUGAAUCUGGAGCAGAACCUCGAGCAACUCAACGUCAACAUGGUCACGUGUGGCGGGCAGGCAACCAUUCCAAUGGUUGCAGCCGUGUCGCGUAUCACCAAGGUGCAUUACGCCGAGAUCGUCGCCUCCAUCGCCAGCAAAUCGGCAGGGCCUGGCACUCGCGCCAACAUCGACGAGUUCACCGAAACCACCUCCAAAGCGAUCGAAGUGAUCGGUGGGGCCACCAAGGGUAAAGCCAUCAUCGUGAUGAACCCGGCUGAACCGCCCUUGAUGAUGCGAGACACAGUAUUUGUGCUGUCCGCCCUCGCCGACCAGGCGCACGUCCAAGCAUCUAUUGAAGAAAUGGCCGCUGCCGUAAUCGCAUACGUGCCUGGGUAUCGGCUUAAACAGAACGUGCAGUUCGAACUCAUCCCACCCAGCGCGCCUUUGCGAAUUCCCGGCCUGGGGACGUUUAGCGGCUUGAAAACCUCAAUCUUCCUUGAGGUCGAAGGCGCUGCCCACUAUCUACCGGCCUAUGCCGGCAACCUCGACAUCAUGACAUCCGCAGCCUUGGCCACAGCCGAGCGCAUGGCGCUUGACGUCACUCUGCGCGACGGCAGCCACGCAAUCCGUCACCAGUACUCCAUUCAGAAUGUUCAGGACAUCGCCCGCGCGUUGGAUAAAGCCGGCGUCGACUCAAUCGAAGUCGCACACGGCGACGGGCUGCAAGGCUCCAGCUUCAACUAUGGCUUCGCCGCGCACACCGAUCUGGAAUGGAUUGAAGCGGCGUUCGAUGUCAUCAGUCGAGCCAAAAUCGCUACGCUGCUCCUGCCGGGAAUCGGUACGGUGCAUGACCUGAAGGCCGCCUACGGUGCCGGUGCGCGUGUAGUACGGAUCGCCACGCAUUGCACUGAAGCAGACGUAUCGAAACAACAUAUCGAAUAUGCCCGCGAGCUGGGGAUGGACACCGUCGGUUUUCUAAUGAUGAGUCACAUGAUCCCCGCCGAGCAGUUGGCCGCGCAGGCCAAGCUGAUGGAAAGCUACGGGGCGACCUGUGUGUACAUGGCCGACUCCGGCGGCGCGAUGAGCAUGCAGGACGUACGCGACCGGUUCCGUGCAUUCAAGGCGGUGCUAGAUCCGAGCACCGAAACAGGUAUGCAUGCCCAUCACAACCUGUCGCUAGGCGUGGCCAAUUCCAUCACCGCCGUUGAAGAAGGCUGCGACCGCAUCGAUGCCAGCCUUGCAGGCAUGGGCGCGGGAGCGGGCAAUGCUCCACUUGAAGUGUUUAUUGCCGCCGCUGAGCGCCUGGGCUGGAACCACGGCACUGACCUAUACACCUUGUUGGAUGCCGCCGAUGACAUCGUCCGUCCGCUGCAGGACAGGCCCGUGCGUGUAGACCGCGAAACGCUGGCACUCGGUUACGCCGGCGUUUACUCAAGCUUCCUGCGCCACGCCGAAAUCGCCGCCGCCCGGUACGGCCUGAAAACCCUCGACAUCCUGGUCGAGCUGGGCAAACGACGGAUGGUCGGCGGCCAAGAAGACAUGAUCGUCGAUGUGGCGCUGGACCUGCUCAAACGC